GGCGCGAGGAAGCAGUUCCCAACAGGAUGAACCCGAACCAGGACCUCCCAGCCAUCAACCAACGCCGCGCUCUCCACAUAUGGACCAUUGAGAUGUUACCGCUGCCUGAGAAGGCUUAUGGGAACUUCUUCGAGGAGCAUUGCUAUAUCAUCCUGCACGUCCCCCAGAGCCCAAAGGCCACGUGGGGAAGGUCCAGCCACCUGCACUACUGGAUCGGGAAGGAGGCCAGCCCCGAGGCCCAGGGCGCAGCAGUCGAACUUGUGCAGCGCCUACAGGAGUCGCUGGGUGACCAGACGGUGCAGCAUCGGGAGGUGCAGGGCCACGAGUCUGACUGUUUCCAUGGUUACUUCCGCCCCGGAGUCAUCUACCGGAAGGGAGGCCGGGCCUCUGACCUCAGGCGUGCGGAGGCCAGUGUGUACAAUCUCCAGAGACUGCUGCACAUCAGAGGGAGGAAGCACGUGACCGCCACCGAGGUGGCGCUGUCCUGGACCAGCUUUAAUAAGGGUGACAUCUUCCUGUUGGACCUGGGCAAGGUCCUGAUCCAAUGGAAUGGGUCCAAGACCAGCAUUUCUGAGAAGUCGAGGGGACUGACCCUGACUUGCAGGAUCCGGGACAGGGAGCGCGGGGGCCGUGCCCAGAUCGGUGUGGUGGACGACGAGAGGGAAGAUGCUGAGCUCAUGCACACCAUGGAGGCGGUGCUGGGCUGCAGAGGGCGCAACCUGCAUGCUCCCUUGCCCGACAACAGAGUUAGCCAGCGGCAGAAGACCAAUGUCCGUCUCUACCGAGUCUACGAGAAGGGCAAGGAUCUGGUGAUCCAGGAAUUGGCAACGGGGCCACUGACCCAGGACCUCCUGGAGGAGGAGGACUGCUACCUCCUAGACCAGGGUGGCUUCAAGGUCUACAUAUGGCAGGGACGCAAGUCCUGUUCCCAGGACAGAAAGGCUGCCUUCAGCAGGGCUAUGGGCUUCAUUCAGGCCAAGGGAUACCCGAACUACACCAACGUGGAGGUGGUGAACGAAGGCGCGGAGUCCGCCGUCUUCCAGCAGCUCUUCCGAACGUGGUCUCGGGAGCCGGACCCCAGAAAGCACCGAGGGAUGGGUCAAUCGCUCCAGGUAAAGCUGGACGUGGGCAAGCUGCACAGCCAGCCCGAGCUAGCGGCGCGGCUGAGGAUGGAGGAUGACGGCUCUGGGAAGGUGGAGUGUUCCCAAAGAGAACUUCCUGACUGGGUGCAGGUGGGCAGGGUGGUGCAGGCGGAGAAUCACCUGUCCCCACUGGAACCCCCUGCUCCUCAGGUAUGGUGUAUCCAGGACUUACGCAGGCAGCCUGUGGACCCCAAGCAUCACGGACAUCUGUACUCGGCCAAUGGCUAUCUUGUCCUCUACACGUACCACAAACUGGGUCGUGUCCAGUCCAUCCUGUACCUAUGGCAGGGCCACCAGAUGACCAAAGAUGAGACCAAGGCCUUGAACUGCAAUGCCGAGGAGCUGGACGUCAUGUACCAGGGAGCACUGGCACUGGUGCAUGUGACCAUGGGCAGAGAGCCCCCACAUUUCCUUGCUAUCUUCCAGGGGCAGUUGGUGGUCUUCCAGGGGAACAAUGGAGACAGGGGGACGGGGCAGCCGGCAUCUGGCACAAGGCUGUUGCACGUGCAAGGCACCGACGCCCACAAUACCAGGACCAUGGAGGUGCCAGCCCGUGCCUCUUCCCUCAACUCCAGUGGUACCUUCUUUCUGGUCACAGCCGACAUCUGCUACGUCUGGUUUGGGAAGGGCUGUAACGGGGACCAGCGUGAGAUGGCACGGAAGGUGGUCACUGCCCUCUCAGAGAACAACAAAGAAACGGUGCUGGAGGGUCAGGAGCCUCCCCAUUUCUGGGAGGCCCUCGGAGGCCGGGCCCCCUAUCCCAGCAACAACAGGCUCCCGGAGGAGGUGUCUAGCAUCCAGCCACGACUGUUUGAGUGCUCCAGCCACAAGGGCUGCCUGGUCCUCACGGAAGUGAUGUUCUUUGGCCAAGAAGAUCUUGACAAGUAUGACAUCAUGUUACUGGACACCUGGAAGGAGAUCUUCCUGUGGCUUGGCGAAGGCGCAGGUGAGCGGAAGGAGGAGGCCCUGUCCUGGGGCUGCGAGUAUCUCAAGACCCAUCCAGCGGCGAGGAGUCCGGCCACGCCCAUCGUGCUGGUCAAACAGAGUCACGAGCCUGCCGUCUUCACUGGAUGGUUUGUCACGUGGGAUCCGUACAAGUGGACAAACAACCAGUCCUACAAGGAGGUGGUGGAGGGCAGCCUGGGACCAAGGUCUGCCAUCUCUGAGAUGAUAGUGGAAGUGAACAACGUCAAGUUAAGCCACUGGCGGAGGAAUAGCAGGGUGGACCCCUCAGCCCUGACGUCCCGCAGAGGCUCCCAGGACAGCCCAGAGAAUGAACUGGAGCUGGGCCUCGGGGGUGGCGGCAGGAGAGACACUGUCACCAAUGACAGCGGCUGCAUCAGUUCUGUGGCCAGUGGGAGCCUGCCCCGGGAGCAGCUGAUGCACCAGGCUGUGGAGGACCUGCCGCAGGGCGUGGACCCUACCCGCAAGGAGUUCUACCUCUCAGACGCUGACUUCCAAGAGAUCUUUGGGAAAUCCAAGGAGGAGUUCUAUAGCUUGGCCAAGUGGAAACAGCAACAGGAGAAAAAGAAGCUGGGUUUCUUCUGACCCCUGGGGGACCCUGCUCUUCCCGC